AUGUGGAACCUAUUUUCGAAGAAGAAUUUCACCGUCUACGUGAAAACGGGUGACCGUCUGGGCAUGGGCACCGACGAUACAAUCUCGGUCGUCCUUCAAGAUGAGAGCGGGCUCAGGUCCGGCAAGUGCCAGCUCGACAACCUCCUGAGCAACGACUUCGAGUCCGGCCGGCUAGAUAGCUUCCAGAUUGCGAUUGAGGAUGGGAAUUUUGGGGACCCUGUCUAUCUGGAGCUCCAUCGGGACAAGUUUGGUUUCCACGAUGACGAGUGGUACUGUGAAUUCGUCAGGGUGCUGAGUGAGAAGACCAAUCAGGUCCACAUGUUCCCAAUUCAUAGAUGGGUUCGUGCUGGAUGUCCGAUUAAGGUGAAGGAGGACGACGCGGUGCUCCCUCAGGACGACGAAAACGUGAUCCAACGGCAGGAGGAGCUCCAAAGGAAGCGAGACAUUUAUGUUCCCGCUUUCAAAGAGGCAACGGGAAUGAUCAUGGUCUUAAAUGAGUACCCGGUAGGAUGCGAUCAUGAGUUUUUGAGCGCCAAGUAA